AUGGAAAAUAUCAUAGAGUCUGGAAGUCAACCUUCUAAAUCUUCAAUUGAUGGGUCUACAGUGGUGGAAGGCCAAACUGUUGACACAAAUAAUCAACAGAAUGUGCAACCUACUACUGCAGUUCCUGAGAAGAAGAGGAAGAUUGUUGACUCCAGAUCUCCAGUGUGGGAUCAUUAUGAAAAAAUUAAGGAUAGUACUGGUGUUACUAUCAAAGGCAAAUUUGUGGAGGGUCCAGGGUUUAAGAAGUUCAUUCUGGUGGCUUGUCCUAGGUUUAAGAUUCCAUCUAGAUGGACAAUUAGUAGGGACAUCAAUCUGAUUUAUGAAGAGGAAAGAUUGAAGUUGAAAUGUGUUUUUAGGGGGAACACUCAAAGAGUCAGUAUUACAACUGACACUUGGACUUCUAUUCAGAGAAUUAACUACAUGGUAGUGACUGCCCAUUUUAUUGAUGAAGAGUGGAAGCUUAACAAGAAGAUUAUCUCAUUUGUCCCUAUUACAUCACAUAAGGGUGAGGCUGUAGCAAAAAAAUUGAAGUCUUGGGGAACAUCUACUGUGAAGGGCAAGUAUAUUCACAUGAGAUGUAUUGCUCAUAUUCUGAACCUUGUUGUCCAAGAUGGCCUGAAACAAUGUGAUGCUUCUGUGAAGAGGGUAAGGGAGGUUGUAAGAUAUGUGAGGAGUUCACCUGCUAGACUUAAGAAAUUUAAGGACUUGGCUGAGUGGAAUGGGAUUGAACAGAAAUCUUCUUUGUGUCUAGAUGUUCCAACCAGAUGGAACUCUACAUAUCUUAUGUUACAAUCUGCAAUUACUUAUGAGAAAGUGUUUGAGUCACUUGAAGAAAGUGAUACUGCCUACAAAUCAGAUCUGUAUGAUGUUGUUCCUAAUUUUCUUGAUUGGGAGUCUGUGAAGAGUUUGGUGGAGAUCUUGAAAUGUUUUUAUGAUAUGACAAUAAGAAUUUCUGGUUCUUUAUAUGUCACUUCUAACACUUUCUUUUCUGAAAUUUCUGAUUUAUACUGCCUCUUGAAUGGCAUGGUGGAAGCUAGAGGGUCUGUGAAACUGAUGGGGGAAAAUAUGAAGGCUAAAUUUGAGAGAUAUUGGGGGGAUAUAGAUAAAAUAAACUUGAUGAUAUUCUUUUCAAACAUUCUAGACCCAAGAGACAAGUUAGAGUACAUGGCAACACAGAUGAAUCACAUGUAUGGUGAGGAAAAAGGUAAACCAUACUAUGAGAAAGUGAUUGCAGCCUUGAAAGAGUUGUUUAAUGAUUAUGCUGCCUCUACUCCUAUAGCUAGGGAUGUUUUAGCUAUACCAAUAUCUACUGUUGCAUCAGAAUCUGCCUUCAGUACAUCUGGUAGGGUUUUGGAUCCUUUUAGGAGUUCAUUAACUCCUAAAAUUGUGGAAGCUUUGGUAUGUACGCAGGAUUGGCUUAGGCUAUCAAAUACCCCAUUAUCAAUUGAGGAAAAUCUGGAGGAAUUGGAGAGAUUUGAACAAGAAAUUGGUACUGAUGGUGGCAGUGGAACUGGAAGGAGUGGUGGUUCUACACUUGCUACAAUUCCUCUGGCUUGGAAGAUGAAGAACAAUAGGAAGAGAUUAGGAACUCUAGGAAGACUAGGAACUUGGAAUAUUCAGUACUUUAUUCAGUUUUUUGGCAUGUAA